UGUUCCAGCCUGGAGGGAGUUUAGCGAGAGGAGGAGGAGGAGGAAGAAGAAAAGCUCUGCUCCAGUCUUGUUUCAGGUCUCCUGGAGGGAGAACCAGCUGGAUGUGAGCUUCUGGAUUUCUUCUCGGUCUCUCUUUAGUCGCAGCGGACUCGGGCAUGUAGCUCUAACCGAGUUUCAGGGCGGACGAACGGGGGGAAAAAAAAAAAAAAAAAAUCACCGCCUCGGUUUGUGUCAGUCGAGGGAAUGUCGUCCAACUGAAACUUCAGGAGACACUUUUAAGGAAUCCGUUCGGUCCGAAUCGCUUUCCUCACAGCAGGAUGUGAAUUUGGGAACUUUUCCGGGAACCGUGGACCAACUGGAGAAGUUUAUUUCCAGCGUAUUUCGGGGGAUAUCGUGAGGAAAGGCGGCGGGCUGAUUCAGAGGACGGUGAGCUGCUUCAUGUCAUGAGAGUCCAACAGGCCUAACCACUGAACAGGAGGCUGAGGAUUUUCAUCAGAGACCUGUUGCUUUCAGCGAUUAGGCUCGACUCCUGCGCUACGCUGCCCUUCAGACCGAAUCUGUGAUUAGCCUGAAUUAGAAGACACGAUGGAGUGGUGGUGGGUGUGGCAGCUCGCAGUGGUUACCAUGGUCACAGUUUUCCUCGGUCCAUGUCAGGGCAGGAACCAAGAGUUUUCCUCCGACAAGGUGAUCAACAACGUGGUGGUCGACCCUCACACGGGCCGGCUGUACGUGGGUGCAGUCAACCGCCUCUACCAGCUCAACUCCGACCUGGAGGAGGAGUCCCGUGCCAAGACGGGCCCAGAGCGGGACGACCGGGUGUGCACGCCACCCAUCACUGACGCCUGCGAAGAGGCCGUGGAAACCAACAAUCACAACAAGCUGCUGCUGGUUCACUCGGCCAAAAACGAACUGGUGGUCUGCGGCAGCCUCUUCAGGGGCAUCUGCUCGCUGAGGAACCUUAGCAGCGUGGAGGAUCUGAGGUACUUCAGUGACACCAACGGGGAGAAGUCGUAUGUGGCGAGCGCUGAGGAGGGUGUCUCCGUUGUGGGGGUGAUGUCAUACUUCAUGAAAGAAAACGACAACCUCCCGGUUUUCCUGGUUGGUAAAGGGUACGGCAGCUAUGACAGCACCAAGCUGAUCUCCACCCGCCUCCUCCAGGAGGAGAAGGAGAAGGAGUGGGUGGUGUUCGACAGCAUCAUCGAUGCCUCUGCGGUCCAGGCCAACCCCUUCGUCCUGCGGUACCUGCACGACUUCCGCUUCGCCUUUAAAGACGACGGCUUUGUCUACUUCCUGUUCUCCAGGACGCUCGGCCUGCAGGACAACAAGGUCUUCACCUUCAUCUCCAGGAUGUGUGAGAACGAUCACCACUACUACUCGUACACCGAGCUGCAGCUCAACUGCAGCGCCACCAACAAGUACAACAAAGUUCAGGCUGCUUUCGUUGGACCAGCAGGGGAAGUUUUGGCCCAAAGUCUGAGCAGCUCCAUCCAGUAUGGACCCAUUUCAGCUUCCGACAAAGUUCUGUUUACCACCUUCACCUCUGAUGAAGACACCUCAGCCAUGUGUAUGUACCCUUUAAAGUUCAUCAACCAUCAAUUUGUGGAGAUCAUAGGAGCCUGUUACAACAACCAUGGCAUAAUCAACGGCAAGAUGGCGGUUUAUUCGCCUUAUUCUUCCAAGCCAGAGGAACCGUGCUCCACUAAGCAAAACAAGGCAGAUGAAUACAAAUGUGGAGCCGAGUUCCUGCCCUCACCUCUGGCCAGUAAGGCCGAACUCGCCUUAACUACUGAGCCAUCACUGGUCCAUAAGGGUCACAUGACUGCUGUGGCUGUUGCCGUGGAGACGGGGCAUGCAGUGGCAUUCCUGGGCACGGCCAACAGAGAGGUGCUAAAGGUGCAUUUGUCGGCUCAUCCCGAGGUGUACGGCCAGGCGUCGAGCGAAGUCACUGGAGACAAGAUCAAUAAGAACCUGCUGUUUGAUUCCAGCUUCCAACACCUGUACAUCACCACAAACAAAAAGAUCAUCAAGGUUCCAGUCCAGACCUGCCACCUGAAGACAGAUUGCCACUCCUGUGUAUCCAUGAAGGAUCCAUACUGUGGCUGGUGUGUCCUGGAGGGAAGGUGUACCAGAAAGAAGGACUGCAGCAGGUCAUCAGAGAAGAACACGUGGCUGUGGUCUCCCAAUCAGCAGUGUGUUCAGAUCGAAGCCUUCAAACCACUGAACCACAGCUGCAAGAAGACACAGCAGGUUGACAUCACCAUCCCCACCCUCCCCAUGCUGAGGGAUCACGACCAGUUGCUGUGUGUUUUCGGGUCGUUUGUCACCACCGCCGUGGUGGUUGAAGAUCCACAGAUUGUGACCUGCUCGCUGCCCAACCCUGCAGACAUCCCCCCCACGCCUGAGCAACAGGACUUUGUGUCCGUCCCAGUAAAGGUUCUGGUAAACAGAACCACUGAAGUGACGUCUGGGGAAUAUCACUUCUAUAACUGUGCCGCCACCGUCAGAAAGAACCCGAACACACCGUGUAUCUCCUGUGUGACCAGUCAGUGGGGCUGUCAGUGGAGCGCUCAGGAUCACACCUGCAGUGAUGAAGACGAAGCUGUGGCUGGAGAUCAUAUAGUGAAACCUAAAAAGCCGGAAAGUUGUCCUCACUUUGAGUCUCUGGUGCCGCUGCUGAUCCCUGUUGGCUAUGAGACCCUCAUCCACUUCCAGGGAAGGAACCUGGACAUCUACAAGGAGAGGAGCUUUUCCAUCGGCACGGAGCUGAUGAAGCACACUGAGGGGAAGGUCAUGCAGGAGGAGAACUCAAAGUUCAGUUUCAUGGGUUAUCAGUUUGCUUACGACAAGCAGCAGGAGGUGAACAUAUCUUUCCAUAUCAAAGACAGAGACACUGAGAAGAAGAUUGACAGCACGCUGACAGUUAUGCUGUAUAACUGCUCAGUGGGAAGAGGGGACUGCAGUCUGUGUAGGCAUGCCGAUGCCAAGUACCAGUGUGUGUGGUGCGCAGCAACCCGAACGUGUAUUUAUCGGGAGAUCUGCCAGUCUUCGGAGCUGGCCCAGUGUCCCAACCCGGAAAUCUCUGACAUCAUCCCUCGCUUUGGCCCUCUCAAUGGUCGGAUUUCGGUGACCAUCAAAGGCUCCAACAUGGGAAUAAAGAAGGAAGACGUGAAAAAGAUCACUGUGGCUGGAGUGGACUGUGUUCAUCUGGAGGACAGAUACUCUGUCUCUACCAGUGUGGUGUGUGAGAUCGGUCCCAAGCGAAUACCACCUCAUGACCUUCCACCUGAACAGACCGACAGCGGACCGGUGGAGAUAGAGGUUGAGGGAGGAAGACGAGGAGUCUCUGAGGUCAUCUUCACUUAUCGGGAUCCCAAACCGACAUCCAUCCUUCCAUUAAAGGGUCCUGCAGCUGGAGGAACGGUGAUCACCAUCGAAGGAGAACAUCUGGACACAGCUACGAAAGAUGACGUUGCCGUCUUCAUUGGAGGCAUUCCCUGUGAAGUCUUAUCAUUUGGGACAACCAUCUCCUGCAAGACCGGCAAGUACCAAGGCCAGAAAGUUCCUUCAGAGCCCCUGACAGUGACGGUGAAGUACGGGAGAAACACCACCAAAGACAUCUCUACGCCUUUCCAGUACUUUGAAAACCCGAAGAUCUCGGAUUAUAAACCCAGAAGCAGCUUUGCUUGGGGCGGUCGAAGGAUUUUUGUACUGGGAAACGGGUUUGAUCUGAUCCAAUCGGUCACCAUGAAAGUUUUACCCUCCACUGUCAACACCACAUCUGUAGAGUUUGUCUCAGAGGCUUUAAGUAAGAACGACACCGUCCUGGAGUUUUACUCCCCAGAGGUGAACUGCUGCUCCAAUUGCUCUGAUGGCCAGUCUGUGAAGACGCUGCUGCAGCUGGACAACCUGAGUGAGGAGCUGAAGGGCUUCAUCUACCACCCCAACCCCUGCUUCGACAAGCUGGCUAAGAAUGUCAUCACAGAGACCGGCAUCAUCAUCGUGACGGGGCACGGUUUCGACACGGCCAUGACAGCCAAAGAGACCCAGGCGUUUGUUGGGGACACUUCCUGCCAUGUCAACAUACUGCAGGAUGAUAAAUUGAUCCUGGAGGUUCCUUCACAGCCCAGAGCCAGAUCCACACAGCACCAACUGGACAUAACCAACGGCAUGCUGGAGCUGGUGUUGAAGUUCGGUCAGAAAGAGAGAUCCGUGGGUUCAGUGUACUACCCCAGGAAAGAUGGCAUUCCUCUUGAAAUAAUCAUCCCUGCCGUGAUCGUGCCUAUGGUGCUUUUCAUCGCUGUGUCAUUCUACUGCUACAGGAGGAAGAGUCAGCAGGCAGAACGGGAGUACGAGAAGGUAAAGCAUCAGCUGGAGAGUCUGGAGGAAAGUGUCCGAGAUCGCUGCAAGAAGGAGUUCACAGAUCUGAUGAUUGAAAUGGAGGACCACACCAGUGACCUGAGCGAAGGUCGUAUCCCUUUCCUGGACUACAAAACGUACACGGACCGAAACUUCUUCCUGCCGUCCAAAGAAGGUGGCGAUGACCCUAUGAUCAUUGGAAAAAUACAAAUCCCAGAAGCCCGCAGGACUACUGUGACUCAGGCACUCAACCAAUUCUCCAACCUGCUGAACAGUAAAACGUUUCUCAUCAAUUUCAUUCACACAUUGGAGAGUCGUUCAGACUUUAAUGCCAGGUCUCGGGGAAAUUUUGCCUCCCUCCUGACGGUGGCGCUGCACGGUAAACUGGAGUAUUACACAGACAUCAUGAGGACCCUGCUGCUGGAGCUCAUGGAUGAACACGUGCAGAAUAAAAACCCCAAACUGAUGCUCAGGAGGUCAGAGACGGUGGUGGAGAGAAUGCUUUGUAACUGGAUGUCCAUCUGCUUGUAUCAGUUCCUCAGGGACAUCGCCGGAGAGCCUUUAUACAAACUGUUCAAGGCCUUAAAGCACCAGGUGGAGAAAGGUCCAGUGGACGCCAGGCUGAAGAAAGCCAAGUACACGCUGAACGACACGAGGCUGCUGGGAGACGAUGUCGAGUACUCUGUACUGACUCUGCAGGUGCUGGUGCAUGGGGAGGGACCAGACGUCACUCCUGUCAAAGUGCUGAACUGUGACACCAUCACCCAGGUGAAGGAGAAGAUCAUCGAUCAGGUGUACAGGAACCUGCCGUAUUCACAGAGACCGAAAGCAGAGGGAGUUGCUCUUGAGUGGCGUCCUGGCUCCACGGGUCAGAUUUUGUCCGACCUGGACCUCACGUCUCAGAAGGAAGGACACCUGAUAAGACUCAACACACUGGCUCAUUAUAACGUCCGGGACAACGCUACGUUGGUUCUGUCCAGAGUUCUGCACACGCAGUCGUUCCACCAACACCAGGACAGCCAUGAUGAGAAAAACGCGCUCCUGGAGGAGGACAACACGUUCCACCUGGUGAGGCCGACGGAUGAAAUUGAUGAGGUGAAGUCAAAGAGAGGCAGCAUGAAGGACAAGGCCAUGACCAAAGCCAUCACAGAGAUCUACCUGACCCGGCUGCUCUCUGUCAAGGGCACUUUGCAGCAGUUUGUGGAUGAUUUCUUCAGCAGCGUGCUGUGCACAAGCUCUGCCGUCCCUCCUGCCGUCAAAUACUUCUUCGACUUCUUGGACGAACAGGCGGAGAGACACGACAACGUGGACGAGGAGACGCUGCACAUCUGGAAGACCAACAGCCUGCCUAUGCGGUUUUGGGUGAACAUCCUGAGAAACCCGCACUUUAUCUUCGACAUCCACGUGACAGAGGUGGUGGACGCGUCGCUGCACGUUAUCGGUCAGACCUUCAUGGACGCCUGCACCAAGACGGAGCACAAACUCAGCAGAGAGUCUCCCAGCAACAAGCUGCUCUAUGCAAAAGAGAUUUCCACCUAUAAGAAGAUGGUGGACGAUUACUACGGAGGCAUCAGACAGAUGGUUCCAGUCAGUGACCAGGACAUGAACACACACCUCGCUGAGGUUUCCCGGCAACACACCGACAAGCUGAACACCCAGGUGGCCUUACAUCAGCUCUACCAGUAUGCCAGCAAGUACUUCGAUCUGAUCAUCCAGUCGCUGGACCAGGACCCGGCCGCCCAGAACCGCCAGCUCACGCUCCGCCUCCAACAGGUCGCUGCUGCCCUGGAGAACAAGGUCACAGACCUCUGACCUCACACAGGGGGAGGAGCUUGUUAAUGGUGUUUUCCAAUUAAGGAGUGAAAGCAAGCGCAGCGUAUGGACUCAUCUGAAUGUCUAAAGAGCAGUUAGUGGAGCCAGAGAUUGGGCUGAGCGGAGGUUCUGGUCAGAAAAUGAAAACACUGAUUUUUUAUUUUGAUUUUUUUUUUGUCUCCUGUUUCCUUGGAAAGCAGAUUUCUUCUCAGCAUCCCAGAAACUAAGAAAAUCAAAGAUUGCAAUUGUGCAAAAAUCAGUUUUUCCACAUUCACCAAACAAAGUGAAGGAAUUGGAUGUUUUCUUUGAGAUCUACUGAGGGAAGUUUGGAUUGGACGUUUAGCUGCUCCAGGAUCCUUUCCGGACCACUAUGUGAAGUCUACAAACUUUGGAAAUCUGAAAUAAUUCCUAAUCUGAGGUCAAAAUAUCCACCUUAAUCCUGAACAGUGUAACCAGGCAACCUGACCUCAGAUCAGCAGUGGAGAUGGACGAAGCAUCAGCCCACGACGGUACGGACCUUUGACCUCUGCGAACGACGGGUCCAGAUGUUAGAAACAUCAGCUGAUUCCUGUAGCUCUCCACAUCUGCACUCUGGGUUCCCACUCUGACUCUCUGUAGUAUUAAUAUUUUGAUGUUCAUGCUUCCUGUUUGAUUUUGGAGCGCCGUCUCCACCUGAGUCGCAUCCGUCGUCCGUCUGAAAAUGACCACUGCCUGAUCAUGUGAUCUCAGCAGCCGAAACUGACCGUUUCUCCCCAGCAUUCAUCAUCAGAAUCAUGAAGCUGCGUUAGUUUCCAUGGUUUCACAUUCAGGAAGUUUCACCAGGUUCAAAACAUAACUUUUAAAAACAAACCAAAGCCAGAAAAUCUCAUCAGUUCGGAAAAAUAAUUAUUAAAGUAAAAUCAUGUAUUUGCUAUUUAGAUUUUGUAAAAAUAUGCAAAUUAAACCGAUUUUGUGGGGUUUGGUGUACAGUUACCACAUCCAAGUGCUUAAACUGGUAAAAUAAAAGAAAUGGAUGGUGGUAAAAAUAGCUAAAAAAUAAGAUAAAAUCUCUGAGAAAAACCGUGAAAUUAGAUCCACAUGUGAAAAAUAUGAACAUGUUACACGUCUGGAUUAUUUGUCUUUUAUAUGUUGAUCUUCACCUCAACAUCCUGACAUAAACACCUUGUUCUUUACCUCCUGAUCACAGAUUAUCUGCUAAAAAUAAAAUGGGUUUUUGUUUUUAACUUAUGGAGCCACAAUAAGAAGGAUCCCGAGGCGAAUAAAUCUGGAAAUCAUCCCAACGUUCCUCAGAAACCCUUCAACAGAACCCCCUUCGGUGCCAAAUGCUCUGAAUCUAUUGUACACGUUUUGCUCUGAGCUGUGUUUGUGUUGCCAGACUUGAGUGGGUCUAAAAACGUUUGUGGUACGAUUUAAAAAAUGUGAAACUUUAGCAGCUGGGAUCUCCGUAGAUCUUUGGCGAAACGUCCAAACUCUUGUUUUUGUGCUUUUUUUAUGUUUGUUUUGCAGAUAAAGAGCGAAAUCUGAGCUCAGCCUUCACAGAUUAAACCUUAAACAUGGGAACAAUAUGUCCUCCUCUGCUGACGCUUGCUUCUCUCUGCCUUCUCUUUGCCACCAGCGAGUGCCUUAAAGAGUUUGAAUGGAAGUAAAGGAGCAAGAACUUGAGCUCAGGCCACAUUUGGGUCUGAGCUCGACCCACCAACUGGUCCGAUUCAGGAGAACAAGGGAGCUCUUUGCUUUGCGUAAAUCUAGAAUUAAAGCAACUGUGUGUAAUGUUUCUGUGUUGUCAGAAGGUGGCGCUGAAAGGCUGCAGCGCAGGGUUAGAAUGAACAGUAGGGGGCGCUAAACAAAAACAAAACUUCGAGGAAGACGAGAGGAGUUACAGCAGUGGCUUCGGCAAUAUAUGACACAGAAAUGAAGAGUUUUAUUUUAUGUUUCUAGUUUUUGAAAAUAGGAACAAGAAUUCUGACAGGAAUGUUUGGAUGUGAUUAAAAAGAAAAGAUUAAAUUAGGUGUCGGAUGUUUAGAAGAACCAAGAAAAUCCCUCAUUCAGCUUGAAGGUCGUGGUUUAAGACCUCUGUGAUGUUUAAUAGUGUCGGUUUGUCCACCAGAACUUUUCCAGGAGAAGAAAUUGGGCCCAAAGUCAUUUUUCAUCAGGAUCUUUUUUAAAAUGUAUUCAGAAAAAAUGAAUUCUGACAAAUUACCGUUAAUCAUUAGCUUACUGGAGGCCAUUUGUUAACCGCAGUCCAACUAAAUGUGACCCAGUCUGACGCAGUGACUCUGGUACUGAUCAUAUAACACCUCAAAGAAUAACUCAUUGUCGCUCCUAAGGUUUCGACCCGGCCCGUCGGUGACCUUGACCUUCUGACAGCACCGAGUGCCCCGUUUAAAGGAAAGACGUCUGAAGGUUUGGUCACCUCCUGACCCAGUUAUACCAGUUUGUUUCAGGCAGACAAAGAAACCCAGAUGUUCUGAUUCUGUGUUUAAUUAAGAUGUGUCUGGGUUCUUUAAUGAGGUCCAGAAACUGAGCUGAGGUUCUUUGUUUUUCUGUGAUUAUGUUAAAUGUCUUAGAGAACAUUGUUUGAGGCACGCAUGAACAAAUCUGAAUGUUUCUGUAGAAACCUACCUGUGGUACGUCCCGAAGCCCGAUCCAGUUUGUGUUUAUACGGCUGCGAAGGACUUUAAACCCAGCGUUGCUGUUGGUUACUGCUGUGAAGCAACAACGGGAGACGAAUGGUUUGGGUGGACCAAGCUUUAGACUUUGAAAUGGACUUGAAUGAGACGACCAGUUAGCAGAACGGGUCUGAACUGGACUGAAGCCCAAGUCUGUGACUCUUCUGUUGAACAGGAAAAAAUUCCAGAUCUAGGAAGUCCAAAUAUCCAAUAAAGUAUGUUUAUAGAAAUGGAAGAAAGGCCUGUUGUUUCAUUUAUCCUCUGUGUGACUGUUGAUAACAAAGACAAAAAUAAACAGAAUCGUGUUUUUA